AUGGAACCCUCAAGCGCUGUCGACUCCGUCGUCUCGAUACUCAAAGAGAGAGACAUCCAUGCUAAACGAGAGACAAUACAGUCUGCUUUAGACGAAUCCCCUGAAGGCCUGGAGAAUUUGGAAUGGGUGUCCAAGCAUCUCCGUCCGGAGACCCUUCUCUCCAAGGAGGAACUUACUCUGUACACUAAGCUCGAAAACUCCGGUGCUCUGCAACCCAUCCUUCGUGAACCGAGCCUUGCUGCAACACGACCCUUCUUAGAGGAAGACAUUCAGAGCGCGAUUAAGGCCCUCGAGGCAUCGACCGCGGCGAUACAAAAACAAUCCGCGACCCUAUCUCAGCAAUGCGAUUCUCUGCGGAAGCAAAUGCGUCGCCAGGAGAGCUUGGAUCAGGAUCGCACACGCGACAUCGCGAGGCUGCGAAAGAAGCACGAAUCCGGAAGACAAAACACGAGAAGCUCGGCGAACGAACUUUCGGAUCAACUCGAACUGGCCUUCAAAUAUGAGACGGAAAAAUUUGGGGUGGAGAAUAAGCGGAUUCUGUCGGGCCUAUCCACAUACUUGAAGCAAGAUGAUGCGACUCUCGCGAGCGUGGAGAACACUCUCUCGAAGAUCAAGUUUGAUGGGAACGACGCUUCGACCGUCAAGCGAGCCGCACAUUUGAGCACGAUCCUUGCAAACUGUACAGCCGAGGAAAUCCGAUAUCGCUUGGACCGGUUGUAUCUGGAGGCGCUUCAAAAUGGCGGACAGGACGGCGACCAACCGAUUGAAGAUGACGCCAUCAUCGCCUUGGAAGAGGAGCUUGAGUCGCUGUACCCGAAAUCGAGAUUCUCGCCGAAAUAUCCACGAAGCAACAGUUCUAUGAGCCCAUCUUACGCGGGAUCCACCAUGGACACAGCCAGCUUCGGGCAGAUUCGCAGCAGAAGCUGGAACGGGUGCAUACUUGACAUCUUGAUCGACAUGACACUGACCAAAGAAUCUCUGACCGCACAGCUAGCAGAGCGGGAGUCUUCCUGUGAAGUCUUAGAGAGACUGGGUAAUCUAUACCACGCGGAAACUACCCUGCCUCUAGUAUCACAGCCAUCGUCCCGACGGGAAUCACUGCGCAGACGCUCUGUGCAACCCGGGCUUCUUCUAACCUCCACACGGACGCCUUCUCUCCUACCCGAGCAACCGGCACUAGAGAACCUACUACGUCGGAUCGGGGUGUCACCCGAGUCGGUGCUUCGUCCCCGAGCAGAGGAUGGCGGUGCACCGCAGCUACACGAGAAGAGAAGUCAGAUGAGCGGGACCCUGCAGCAUAUGGAGGUUGCGGCAGAAUCGCCCCUGUUUGCGCAUCUCGCAGCAUCGGAUAACGCAUCCCAACUACUCUCGUCAUCCUUGCAUGCCGAUUCGCAGUAUGAGACUUCGCUGCAAGAUCCUGGUCAACAGGACGAGUUGGCGCGUUUGGAGGCGGAACUUGCCUCGCUGCAGAAAGGUCUCCAGGCGCUAAAUUUGGACGUGAUACACCAAAGAGACAAAGCCCAGGACAAGUUUUUGGAGCGGUGGCAAUAG